GGGCCGCGGCGCGGGCCCGGGGCCCGGCGCGUGCGGCUGGGAGGCGCUGUGGGGGACGGGCGCGCGGGCGGCGGCCGGGGCCAUGGCCGAGGGCGGCGGGGGCGCGCGGAGGAGGGCCCCGGCGCUGCUCGAGGCGGCCCGCGCGCGGUACGAGAGCCUGCACAUCUCUGACGACGUGUUCGGCGAGUCGGGCCCAGACAGCGGCGGGAACCCCUUCUACAGCACCUCGGCCGCCUCGCGCUCCUCCUCGGCCGCCUCCUCGGACGACGAGCACGAGCGCCCCGGGCCCCCGCGGGCCCCCGGCGCCCCGCCGCCGCCGCCCUGCGCCCCCGCCGCGCCGGAGCUGGAGGAGGACGAGACAGGCGCGGGCUGGAGCGCCGCGCUGCGGGACCGCCCGCCCCCGCGCUUCGAGGACACCGGCGGUCCCACCCGGAGGAUGCCCCCGAGCGCCAGCGCCAUGGACUUCUUCCAGCUCUUCGUGCCCGACAACGUCCUCAAGAACAUGGUGGUGCAGACCAACAUGUACGCCAAGAAGUUCCAGGAGCGCUUCGGCAGCGACGGCGCCUGGGCGGAGGUGACGCUGGCGGAGAUGAAGGCCUUCCUGGGCUACGUGAUCUCCACCAGCAUCUCGCACUGCGAGUCGGUCCUCAGCAUCUGGAGCGGCGGCUUCUACAGCAACAGGAGCCUCGCGCAGGUCAUGAGCCAGGCCCGCUUCGAGAAGAUCCUCAAGUACUUCCACGUGGUGGCCUUCCGCUCCAGCCAGACCACGCACGGCCUCUACAAGGUCCAGCCCUUCCUUGACUCCCUGCAGAGCGGCUUUGACGCCGCCUUCAGGCCCUCCCAAACCCAGGUGCUACACGAACCCCUGAUUGACGAAGACCCUGUGUUUAUUGCCACGUGCACGGAACGGGAGCUGCGCAAGAGGAAAAAGCGGAAAUUCAGCCUGUGGGUCCGGCAGUGCUCGUCUACCGGCUUCAUCAUCCAGAUUUACGUCCACCUGAAGGAAGGCGGGGGCCCCGACGGGCUGGACGCGCUGAAGAACAAGCCCCAGCUGCACGGCAUGGUGGCCCGGAGCCUGUGCCGCAACGCCGCCGGCAAGAACUACAUCAUCUUCACGGGGCCCAGCAUCACCAGCCUGACCCUGUUCGAAGAGUUCGAAAAGCAAGGGAUUUACUGCUGCGGCCUGCUCAGCUCCAGGAAGAGCGACUGCACCGGCCUGCCCCUGUCCAUGCUGACCAACCCGGCCACGCCGCCCGCCCGGGGCCAGCACCGCAUCAAGAUGAAGGGCAACAUGUCUCUGAUCUGCUGGUACAACAAGGGGCACUUCCGCUUCCUCACCAACGCCUACUCGCCAGUGCAGCAAGGGGUGAUCAUCAAGAGGAAGAGGGGGGAGAUCCCCUGCCCCCUGGCCGUGGAGGCGUUUGCUGCUCACCUCAGCUACAUCUGCAAGUACGACGACAAAUACAGCAAGUAUUUCAUUUCGCACAAGCCGAACAAGACCUGGCAGCAGGUGUUCUGGUUUGCCGUCAGCAUCGCCGUCAACAACGCCUACAUCCUGUACAAGAUGUCGGACGCCUACCACGUGAAGAGGUACAGCCGGGCGCAGUUCGGCGAGAGACUCGUGAGGGAGCUGCUGGGCCUGGAGGACGCCUCUCCGACCCACUGAUGCGGGGCCGGGCCCAGGUAAGGGCCAAGGGGAGGGAGGGGCCGAGGAGGGAGAGGGCCCGCCGCUCCGACCUGCCCGCCCGGAGCCCCGGAGACACGCUGCUUGACCUCCGCAGGGACCCCACGGACCUGGCCAGGGGACGGUGGCUGUCCCGGUUUCUGUCCCGGGAAGAGCAUGGCCUCCCCCUGGGGAGUGGCCGCCCGCCUCGCGGAGACCCUGCGCAAGGACGGGGCGCCACACCCGACUCCACGUGCCACGUGCCGCCAGGGCUGCUGCCAGCCAGCCCUGUCCCGCCCAACUGGCGUUCCGUCCGCGCGGCGCCUGCAGGAGAGCUCAGCUCUGAGCACCAGGGACCUGGCCAGGCCCUGCCACCAGAGGUGCCGGGGACAGGAUGAGCCGCAGCAUGUCCUGCUGGAAGCGCCGCUUUGUGAAGAUGUCAAGACGUGUGUGACGUGGUGCACCUGUACGUCGAGCCUGCAGGUGACCGGAAGCAGGCGGAGAUGGGCCGUUUGCCGCUCGGACUGUCCCGGUGCCCCUGGGGCGCCGUGGAAACGCCACGACGGAUGGGGGAGGGGCCCAGUGCCGGGAGUGAGUGAGGUCUUCCUGGUCCUGUGGCCUGCUCGGCGGGGGCACAGGGAAAAGGGAAAACGCCAACAACCGCAGUGAAGUGUGAUGCUAUUUUUUAUUUUUAAAUAUAUCUUCAGGUUAUUUUCUUACUGUUGCUUAAGAUCUUCUGUAAAAGGAAAAUGUCUCCCUCCUUUCCUCCCCCCUCCCCCCCGCCCCCGCCUCGCCCAGUCACCGCCGUGCGUGGUCUUGGUUCUGUGGCCCGAGCCGUGUGCCCGUGCCGGGGCCGGGGGGGCUGCUCGCCGCCAGAACAGACGUGCUGCACCCACCGAGGACCCCAGGGGGACUCGCCUUCAGCUCUGUCACCGAACUUGUCACGGCCAGAAUUACUUGCUUAGGAAAAUAUGUCGUGUUGCUCAAACGAACAGCAAAGUGUCUCCAGGGAGGACCACCUGCUAAAUCUCUUCCCGUGUGUGCAGUGAGCCACCUGGCCCUGUCUGCCCAUCUCAGGUCUCGCCCUGGGGGCGGUGUGGCUGACACUGCAGACCCCACGGGCCGGGGCUGCUAACCUGGUGGUGGGAUUUCCUCUGGGGCCUGCUCACUGCAGGACCGGAAGGGUUACCGGACGAGCAGCCAGGGCCCCAGUUACCCCCCGGGACGUCCGGGGCUCUUUCUGAACCCGGGCUCCCAGGUCUGCAUGGGAGGAGCCCGCAGCCAGGGCGGCCGCCCACUGUCCAGCCGUCCCCGCAGACACAAAACAAGGCGUUUCUGGGGUUGCCUGGUCCCCCUGCAGCCCACUUCGCGCCGCCCCCUCACUUUUACACGCGUGGCAUCUACUCUACUCAGGCUUUGGGACUCCCUCCCGUGGUCACACGCAGCACGUGAGCCGUGUUGCCGGCAGCAUGCCCCCAGCUCCCUGUCGCCCGUGUCCCGGUGCGUGACGGCCACCCUCGUCCUCGGCGUUCGUUCAGUGCCACGGAUCGCAGGCCCCACCUUAAAUUGCGUUUCGAAACACCGUUGCCAUGUCCUUUACUUGGAUGGAAAGCACUUUUACCACGUGGAGAAAUAUAUUUUUAAUUUGUGAUGCUUUUCUACAAGGUCCACUAUUUCUGAGUUCAAUGUGUUUCCAACACUCUAGGGCAACUAAUGAAAGCUGAUGAGUUUUCUUCUCUGUCCAAAUACGUAAAAGAAAAAAUAAAAGUCUAUUUAGAUGUUGA